AUGUCUGCUCCGAAAGGCCCUUUCCACCUCGUGACCGUCAAUACUGCACCCGAGCGCGCGAAGCGGCUCAUCGGCCGUUUGGCCGAGAUCCUGAAGGAUCGCUAUACCAUCAUCCACGUCGACAAUGCCGAGCGUACGUGGGAGUUCCUCUCUACGAAGCUGACGAUUCCGUUCUCACAUGCUGCAGGAAUUGACGAGGUCGAAGCUAAAGUUCGGAAGCACAACCCGGAAGUACUGUUCAGUGCCUCCAUGUGGACGGCCGACGAGGCAAAGCAGAUUCAUGAUAUUGCUCGCUCAGUCAACCCGGACAUCAAGCUGCAUGCAAUUCCCACGGGGCUGCAGGUUGAGCGAGGUCCGGACGCGAUCGUGGAAUAUCUGACCGAGAAGGUCCCUGUGCUGCUGGAUAGCUGA